AUGUCAGAUUUAGCCCAAGAGGCGUUGAUUGUUUGGUUUGAGACAUUUGUUGAAUAUGACGAUGCAUUGAAGUCUUUUACUUCAAAGUUCGAGCAAGUGUACAAGGAUAUCAUGAAAAAAUCAUACAAACGCAAGGCCAAAGUAGAUAUGAAGAGAAUUUUUCAACAAUCAAAAUCUCAAACGAACGCAAUGGUGAAUGGAAGCAAAGUCUUGGACGAAGCUACGAAUGCUGCCUCAGAGAGAUUAAUCUUGAGACUGAAACGAUCACCAAAAAUUGUGCCUGGUGCGUCUUCCUUCUCAUCCUCAUCUACUGCUGGCGCUUCCUCAUCUACUGCUGGUGCUUCCUCAUCUACUGCUGCCGCUUCAUCGAUCGAAGAAAAAUUGAAUUCAUAUAAUUUUUUGGACACUCUCCAUCUAUAA